CCCAUUACUCUAAAGAUGAAAGGCUGGGGUUGGCUGGCCCUGCUUCUGGGGGCCCUGCUGGGAACUGCCUGGGCUCGGAGGAGCCAGGAUCUACAUUGUGGAGCUUGCAGGGCUCUGGUGGAUGAACUAGAGUGGGAAAUCGCCCAGGUGGAUCCCAAGAAGACCAUUCAGAUGGGCUCUUUCCGAAUCAAUCCAGAUGGCAGCCAGUCAGUGGUGGAGGUGCCUUAUGCUCGAUCAGAGGCCCACCUCACAGAGCUGCUAGAGGAGGUAUGUGACCGGAUGAAGGAGUAUGGGGAACAAAUUGACCCUUCCACCCACCGCAAGAACUACGUACGUGUAGUGGGCCGGAAUGGAGAAUCCAAUGAACUGGACCUACAGGGCAUCCGAAUUGAUUCAGACAUCAGUGGCACUCUCAAGUUUGCGUGUGAGAGCAUUGUGGAGGAAUAUGAGGAUGAACUCAUUGAAUUCUUUUCCCGAGAGGCUGACAAUGUUAAAGACAAACUUUGUAGUAAGCGAACAGAUCUAUGUGACCAUGCCCUGCACAUAUCGCAUGAUGAGCUAUGAACCACUGGAGCGGCCCAGACUGACAGGCUUGAUGGAUCACCCCCAGGAGGGGAAGAGGGUGGCAAUGCCUUUUAUAUUAUGUUUUUAUUGAAAUGAACUGAAAAAUUGUGAAACCAAAA